AUGGUUAGUGGCAUUGUUUCCUACGCUAAUGAACACUUGGGUCAGGAGGUGAUAAGCCCUGAGCAAUUGUAUGUUGCCUUGCUCCAUGUUAGAGAGCAGAUAGCACCAGCGACUCCUUCUUCAGGGAUGAAUAUGGUGAAACUUGUGCCUGCAAGAAAUAACAAGGUUAGGAAUUAUAUACCUGAUGAUCUUACCCAAUCAAUUUUGUCAAAUUUAUCCCUGAAAUCUUUGAAUCGUUUUAGAUGUGUACGCAAAUCAUGGUCCACUUUGUUUGAGAACCCUUCUUUCAUAAGCUUGCUCCGCAACAAUUUCUUAUUCAAUAAUCAUGAUUACUAUGAGGAUACAUCUCUCCUCCUACAUCAAAUUGUGACUGAUGAUGAAUUUGUGUUAUAUUCUCUUUCGGGUGAGAGGUUUGAGAUUGGAACCAAGAUAGAUUGGCCAAAUCCAUUUGAGGAGAACAAACCUAAUUUUGAUAUUUCAGGAUCCUGUAGUAUUAAUGGGAUUUUAUGUCUGAUUAAUUACUCCGAACCCAAUACAAGAGCUGUGUUGUGGAACCCAACCACUCAAGAAUUUAAGGUUAUUCCUACCAGCCCUUUUGAAUUUGUCCCACAUAUGGAUGUUGAUAUACUUCGACAUGGUUUUGGCUAUGAUUGUGUUACAAAUGACUAUAAGAUAAUUCGACAAGUGAUGUGUUAUCAUAAAAUCGACAUUGAUGUAUAUUUAUUAGAAGAUAUAGACAACGACCAUUUUUGGGAGAUAUAUAGCCUACGGAGUAACUCAUGGAGAAAACUUGAAUAUGAUAUCCCAAUCAAUCACAAAGAAAGCGGAGUGUGUCUAGAUGGAAUGGUUCACUGGUGGAAUCAAAGUGAUGAUAUUGGCGAUGAAGAUGAUGAAGAUGAUGACGAUGAUGAAGCAUAUCUUCUGUCAUUUGACCUAAGAACGGAGGAAUUCAUAACAACACUCACACCAUUAGAAGAUGUUAGUUUUGAUUCUGGAUAUGUUUUGAGUGACUUGAUGGUUUUAAAUGGGUCUAUUGCUUUGAUUUCAAAUUAUACAAAUUUGGGUAGUUUUCAAAUAUAUGUUUUGGGUGAGUUUGGUGUGAAGGAAUCAUGGUUUAAACUCUUCAUUUUUCAACCACUAUCUAUCAUUGUGUAUCCUAUUGGAGCAGGAAGGAAAGGGAAUAUAUUCUUUACGAAUGAAGAUGGAAAACUAAUAUUUUUUAGUUUAAGCACGAUGAUUAUUGAGGAGUUCAAUUUUGUUAGAGGUAAAUUUUCGGGUAAGACUAUAACUUAUAAAGAGAGUCUUCUUCCAAUUGGAGAAAUAAAUGAGUAA